AUGACGACUGCAGAGCCACCUAACGGACUGUGUCACCGAAACAUCAAGUCCCGUCAGCCAGAUGAGAUCUCUGGUCAUGUUGAAGACCAUAAUAAUGUACAAGAGGAAGAUCUAAGACGGUGGCAGAAACAUGCACAGAAGGUGAAGGUGAAAGUCCUGCAGCAGGUCCAGGAUCAGCUCAGUGAUUUACUUGACAAAGCUCUGACUGAGUCCGUCCAGCCUUUAACCCAAUUACAGCCAGCGAUUAACGGAAAGACGUCCAAAAGAUUCUCCUCCAGUUUUCAGAGAAUGGAUGACGGCAAAGUGUUUAUGGACCGGCCUUCGCUGUUGGAUGAACUAUUUGAGAUCAACCACAUCAGGACCAUCUACCACAUGUUCAUCGCCGUACUCCUCAUCUUCUGCCUGAGCACGCUGGCUGUCGACUACAUCGACCAGGGCAGGCUGGUCUUGGAGUUUGACCUGCUGUCCUUCGCCUUCGGGAGGCUGGGGACGGUCACCUGGGCCUGGGUUGUGAUGUUUGUCUACACCCUGCUCGUCCCCUACUUCACUCUGGUGUUUUGGGGAUCUUUGUACCACAGCUUUCCCUCUAAGCUGGGGCUGUCUCUCGGCACGGGCCUGGUCCUGUUUGCAGUGCAGACCUGUGUACUGGGACUGUUCCCCAUCUACGUGGCUGUACACUACCAGCUCCCACCAGCCUCACGCUUAAUUGUGAUACUGGAGCAGAUUCGAUUCCUGAUGAAGAGCUACUCGUUUAUGAGAGAAACCGCUCCUGUUAUCAUGAAGAAUACACCAAAGGAAGGAGAAAGUCCAAGAUCCCCAACAUUUUCCAGCUAUCUGUACUUCCUCUUCUGUCCAACACUCAUCUACAGGGAAUCAUAUCCUAGGAAUACCCACAUACGAUGGAAGUAUGUUGCCGUCACACUUGGUAUGAUCUUAGGAUGCCUGUUUUACGCCUACUUCAUCCUGGUCCGCCUCUGUGUGCCCCUCUUCGGACCUGAGACCAACCAGCCUUUUAGUAAACGAACCAUGGUUCUGUCUGUGUUCAACUCAAUAUUACCAGGUAUAAUGAUCCUUCUGCUGUGUUUUUUUGCCUUCCUGCACUGCUGGCUCAACCUCUUUGGGGAGCUGCUGCGUUUUGCUGACAGAAUGUUUUACAAGGACUGGUGGAACUCAACUUCUUUCGCCAACUAUUACCGUACCUGGAAUGUAGUGGUUCACGACUGGCUCUUUUACUACGGAUACAGAGACUUCCUCUGGCUUUCAAAAAAGAAAUUCCGAACAGCUGCCAUGCUCUCCGUGUUCAUCGUCUCUGCUGUAGUCCAUGAAUACGCCUUGGGCAUGGGAUUUGGCUUCUUCUAUCCCGUCAUGUUCUGUCUCUUUGCCUGCUUUGGAGUGGUGUUUAACUUCACCAUGAACGACAAGCGACAGAGCCCCGUGUUCAACGUCAUCAUGUGGGCGUGUCUUUUCCUGGGUCAAGGUGUUCAGGUGUGUCUGUACUGCCAGGAGUGGUACGCUCAGAUACACUGCCCUCGGACAGGGAAUAGCUUCUGGGAGUUGGUGACACCUCGAUCCUGGUCCUGCAGCUACCGGAGUUGA